AUGAGUAUUGCACGACGUUAUCACACAGCAACUGUAUUAGCAAAUGGAAUGGUUUUAGUUAUUGGUGGAGCUUCUGAUCACGAUUUAGAGAUUGUCACAGAACUGUAUGAUUUAGCCACAGGAGUGUGGAUGAAUACUGGCAACAUGAGUGGUCAACGAUCCAAUCACAAAGCUUCUGUAUUAACAGAUGGAAAAGUACUAAUUACUGGUGGGAAACAUUAUGGAAAUGAUUUAGCGAGUGCAGAAUUAUACGAUCCAUCUACAGGUUUGUGGACAAAUACUGGAAACAUGAGUACGGCACGAUGGCAAAACACUGCAUCUACAUUAGCGAAUGGGACAGUCCUAAUCGCUGGUGGGCAAGAUAAAGAACCUCGUCUAACUAGUGAACUCUACGAUCCAUCAACAGGAUUAUGGACAAAGACUGGCAACAUGGCGGAUGCACGAUAUCGACACACUGCGUCCGUAUUAACAAAUGGAAAAGUAUUAGUUGCUGGUGGAAUUGAUAUUCGUCCCCUUUCUAGUGCAGAAUUAUACGAUCCAUUAACAGGGUUAUGGACAAAGACUGAGAGCAUGAAAGAUGCACGAAUGUGGCACACUGCAUCUGUAUUAGCUAAUGGAAUGGUGUUAGUUACUGGUGGAAAUAAUCUCGAUGGUACAUUACGUAGUGCAGAAUUAUACGAUCCAUCAACUGAAUCAUGGGUAAAUACUGGCAACAUGAGUGAUAAACGUGUUUUUCACACUGCAUCUGUAUUAAAGAAUGGGAAAGUGUUAGUUGUUGGCGGAGCUGAUCCUCUUUCUCUUUCUACUGCUGAAUUAUACGAUCCAUUAACAGGAUUAUGGACCAAAACCAUAAGUUUGAAUACUGAACGACAGUCUCACACUGCAUCUGUGUUAUCAAAUGGAAAAGUUUUAGUGGUUGGUGGAUUCAGUGGCUCGUCAAGGUUUAAUAGUGCAGAACUGUAUGAUUCAACAACAGAAGUUUGUACAAAUGCCAACAGCAAGAAUACUACACAGUUAUAG